CGCACAUUAGUGUUAAUGAACAGCUCUGGGUGCUGUGACGCUCAGAUCGGAAGAAAACGCAGUUUUAACCGUCAAACAGAUGACUGACAGGACAUGGCUUUCCUCUAUCGUCAUGGCGAUGGUCUUUUUGGCCUAUCUCUUCCCAGUUGUCGCUACAGCCACGCCCUUUCCCAGGGAUCUGCAGCCAAUCAGUGUGGUGGGACUGGAGGACUCUCACCUGUAUCCCAGUUUUCAGGGUGUGAUGUCAGAAAAUGGCACCAAGCGUCUCAUUCUGGACUAUCAGCGUAUGAUCAGAAUCCAUCAGAUGCUUUACAUCGCUGCCAGGGACCACGUGUUUGUUGUGAAUCUCACCACUGCAGUAGAUCAGUUCAUUCCACAGCAGAUACUGACGUGGAGAUCUACAGACGUGUCCAAGUGCACAGUGAGGGGCAGAAACAGUGAUGAAUGUUACAACUACAUCAAAGUCCUGGUGCCUCGUAACGACGAGACUCUGUUUAUGUGCGGAACCAAUGCGCUCAAUCCGGCCUGCCGUAACUACAGGCUGAGUACACUGGAGCAGGUGGGACAGCAACUGUUGGGUCAGGCCAGAUGUCCAUUUGAGUCUCGCCAGUCCAACGUCGGACUGUUUGCAGCUGGUAAUUUCUAUUCGGCCACGGUGACUGAUUUCCAGGCGAGUGAUGCGGUCAUUUACAGGAGUUUAGGAGGAGAGGGGCGACCCGUCCUGCGUACGGUCAAAUACGACUCCAAAUGGCUCAGAGAACCUCAUUUCCUGCAUGCGGUGGAGUAUGGAAACUAUGUGUAUUUCUUCUUCAUUGAGAUUGCUGUGGAGCACACUGCAGCGGGGAAGGUGGUGUAUUCGCGAGUGGCGCGUGUGUGUAAGAACGACAGCGGUGGCUCCACGCGUGUACUCGAUCGCUACUGGACGUCGUUUCUGAAGGCGCGACUGAACUGCUCAGUUCCUGGAGAAACAUUCUUUUACUUUGAUGUUCUGCAGUCGCUCACUAACGUGCUGCAGAUCAACCAGAGACCUGCUGUGAUCGGAGUGUUUACUACACAGAUCAACAGCAUUCCUGGUUCAGCCAUCUGUGGUUUUUAUCUGGAUGACAUCGAGCGGGUGUUUAACGGGAAGUUCAAGGAGCAGAAGAACAGUGAUUCAGUGUGGACGUCAGUGCCGGAGGAACACGUGCCCAAACCACGUCCGGGUUUGUGUGCAGGUGAAGGCUCUGCAUCCUCGUUCUCCUCCUCUGUUCAGUUUCCAGAUUCAGUGCUGUCAUUUAUUAAAACACACCCGCUGAUGGACGAGUGUGUGCCACCAGUCAACAACCAACCGCUGAUCACCAACACUGCCAGCAGGUAUAAACUGACUCAGAUUGUUGUGGAUACGACCGCUGGGCCUCAUAAGAACCGCACCGUUGUGUUUCUGGGUUCUGAAGAUGGACGAGUUCUGAAGAUUCUGACCGGCACUCAAGCAAACAGCUCUCACAGCUCCAAACUACUGGAGGAGAUGGAUGUGUACAACCCCACACAGUGUAACGGUGAUCGUAGGAUCUUGGGUCUGGAGUUGGAUAAGGAGCAUCACGCUCUGUUUGUGGCCUUUUCCAGCUGCAUCAUCAGAGUUCCUCUGAGCCGCUGCGCCCGACACGCCACCUGCAAGAGACGCUGCCUGUCCACUCAUGACCCAUACUGCAUCUGGCUGCGCACAGGACGCUGCGCUGACGUGGCCCCGGGAUUCAAGGCGGGAUUUGAGCAGGACAUUGAUGGAGAACAAAUACAGUUACCAGACGCAUGCAACGAUGUAAUCUCAACAGCAGUAAAUAUUCAAAACUCCCCUUUGGAUUCAGUCUCUGGAGUGAAGCAGUCUCCUGCUGCUGAGAGUUUGAGUAACGGUUAUCAUUUCACUCUGCUGGGCGCGUGUGUGCUGGUGGCCUUUGUGUUGGGAUCGUUUGUGUCGGGUUUGCUGGUGUCGUGUUACUGCAGUCAGAGAGCUCGACAAACGCAAGAGCCCGAAGCAUCACCCCCAAACGCGCUCUCGCUCAACAGCCUCGCCAAACUCAACCACCUCAUGGACGCCAAGCCAGACAAGAGCGAUGUCACAUCCUCCCAGAUGUACAGCCUCGGCCCUCCGUGCAGACAGACUCCAAUCAAACCACAUGACAUGGGUGAAACGUCAGGUGCAUCUGGCAGAGAAGAGUUGAUCUUGACUUUGCCCACUCCGGAUUUGACUCCAGAACUACCCAUUAAGAAUAUCAAGGCUUCCAACAACCAAUGGGAGAGAAGCCACGCCCACAACACUAUGGAAGGAAGCAUACUUCGGCCCACGUUGGCGCUCACUCAGCAGGUAUUUCCUGUAACUCAGAGCGUCUCUAUAAAUCAGACUCUUCCAUGGAAACACACGCCCUCAGAAGGGUACAAAAUGCAGAAUGAGGUGGGCGGGGCAACCGUGAUGACCUCAUCACUGUUGCCAGGGGACAUUAUAUUGGACCCAGGGUCGUACAGCCGGGCAAUGCAGUCGACGUCAUAUUACAGUUGUUUAACACUUCCGCGAGAAACGGCAAACACUACGGCCGAAUCCACAGCGUUUAAGCGGAUUUCCCUUCAAACUCUUCCCGGACAGCAGGGUGGCAGCAGAGAGCCGGUGUCGUACGCCCAUACGAAGCGGCACGUGCUUAUAAAGAUGGGCAACGGGAUCACAACAGCCCGGCAACACAGUUUUAACCACAAAGCUGUGCUGCCACCACCAAGCCUAUCCGCGCACAGCGGCGGAAACAUCUACGAGAUUCACAGGCCGCUAAUCGUGGGCGGCUCGUGUCUGACGCGACAGCACAGCUACAGUGAACCGCCUCACCUGCAGAAGGCGGCGAUCAUCAGACGCACGGCGUCCCUGAAACCACAGAUACCCCCGAAACCCGUAAACAUCCGCCCCAAAACACUGCUCCUGCCAUCUGCCGCCCACAUCAACACACACGGCAACCAUAACUAUUGACCUCAGGCCCGUAUGCGCUGUAUACUGCCGACUAUUAUUUUAAAAAUGGUAUGUGAAACUGUUUCCAGUAUACAACAAUUCUUUACAAUGUUGUGGCUUUUGUCACUUUAAUAAUGAGAGGACCAUGAACUGGUUACAGGACACAAUAAGAGAAGGGAAAUGGGAUCAGGAAACGACACAAGCUGAGCACAUUCACUUCCUGCCCAGGUGGCGUCUAAUAGAGCGCAACAGUCUGGCUCCAGAAAUAAAAAUGCAUUCAUUUUCUCCCUAGGGUGAAGCAAUAGCAGUAACUUCUAAACCUUUAAAGCCAAACCGUGAGCUCUUGAGCUUGUUAAUCCAUGGUAAAUGUCAUUUGAACUUCCUGGUGAGGAACUACACUACCCAUGAUCCCGAGGGGGGAAAUCCACCAAUCAGGGUAUCGCUGCAAACUAAGCGCACCAAAAGAGCUCUGCAGCUCCGCCCACUCCCAUGAUGCACUGCGAAUGAUGCAAUGGAGUCGCCCUCCCUACGCUCAAAGGACUGAUAUAUGUUUAACUUAAAUACAUUGUUUCUGCACUUCAAAUCAACCGGUUUAGAUCAGUAGCUUUAUAUUUGGAUGACAUCAUUCGCAAUGCUUCUGUGUUUUUGUCUGAUUUUCAAACAUGUUGUUUCGCUUCGAAUCGAAGUUUCUAAUGUUGCGAUCGGCCUCGGAGCCGGUCCGUUUGGUGCACAAGGCUUCUGAAGGAUUGAUGAAAUCCCUAUGGAGAAAACACUAUUUAAAGUGAACGAGCACUGUUGCGCUCUGCUGCAGUAUCUCACCAGCAUCACUUCAGACUUCUUGACAUUUUAAUGCAAACACUGAACAGACACGUGUGUAAUCGGAGAGGGGGUGUUUUCGGUUUCACACAUGAACAGAUAUAUAUAUAACAUCAAUGUUUAUACGAACAGCUGUGUGGACUCAUUUUAAUGUGUUUGUAUUCAUUUGUUCCUUGCAAGCUGUUUUAGAAAAGGGACCAAAGUUAAAAGACCACAGGUGAAGAUGCUGACACUAACCCCGCCCCCAGUGCAGUGUCUGUUCAUCUGAG